CAGGCCCACGGGAGGGUCAGCAAUGAACAAGCUGCGCCAGAGCCUGAGACGCAAGAAGCCGGCUUACGUCCCGGAGGCCAGCCGACCGCACCAGUGGCAAGCGGAUGAAGAGGCGGUGCGCAAGGGCCGCUGCAGCUUUCCAGUCCGGUACCUGGGACACGCUGAGGUGGAGGAGUCCCGGGGCAUGCACGUGUGUGAAGAAGCCGUGAAGAAGCUGAAAGCGAGUGGCCGAAAGUCAGUGAAGUCCGUGCUGUGGGUCUCAGCAGACGGGCUGCGUGUGGUGGACGACAAGACCAAGGAUCUCAUUGUGGACCAAACCAUCGAGAAGGUCUCCUUCUGUGCGCCAGACCGGAAUUUUGACAAGGCCUUCUCCUACAUCUGCCGGGACGGCACCACCCGCCGCUGGAUCUGCCACUGCUUCCUGGCGCUGAAAGAUUCGGGUGAGCGUUUGAGCCACGCCGUGGGCUGCGCCUUCGCGGCCUGCCUGGAGCGCAAGCAGAGACGGGAGAAAGAGUGCGGCGUGACGGCCUCGUUCGACGCCACGCGCACCAGCUUUGCGCGGGAGGGCUCCUUUCGCUUGCCGGGCCCGCCGGCCUCCACCACUACCCGCUCCUCAGGAACACGGCCCCUGCAGGACAGGAAGAAAGGUAGGUCGUCCCCAUCCCCCCCGCCCCCGGCCCCCGCCCAGCCCGGCAGUGCCUCCCCGCCCCAAGGGGCCACCUCGCCGGAGGAGAAGGCGGGGGUGGGGGGCCCGCACGCCAUCCCGCGCCGCCACGCCCCCCUGGAGCAGCUGGUGCGGCAGGGGUCCUUCCGGGGCUUCCCCACUCUGAGCCAGAAGAACUCGCCCUUCAAGCGGCAGCUCUCCUUGAAGCUGAGCGACCUCCCGUCCACGCUGCAGCGGAAGGCCCACGAGGGGGACGCGGUAUUGGAGCUGAUCUCUGCUGCCAACGGGGACUCUGAUGGCAUCGGUGCCCAGAUCGACACGUGCUUCACCCAGCUGACCGGGGAGCCCGCCAGUUCUGCACCCGUCAACGGCGCCACGGGCCACGCUCCUGCCACGGCGCCUGCAGAAGGAGGAGGCACAGGUCCCUCCGCGUGGUCCGACUCCUCCGCGGGGGCCCCGCCCAGCCCCCCGUUCCAGCCGGGGCACAAGCGGACGCCGUCGGAGGCGGAGCGCUGGCUGGAGGAAGUGGCCAAGACAGCCAAGGCCCAGCAGCAGGCGGCCGUUGCCGUGGCGGCGAUGCCUGCCCCUCUGCCCGUGUUCCCCCUGAGCUACGACGCCCCCGCCCCGCCCAUGGGGGUGUUUGUGCCCCCCCACGUCCCGCCGGCGUUCGUGCCCGUGGCCUCCGCCUACCCGCCGGCCGUGCCCUACGUGGCGCUCCCCAGCGUGCCCGUGGUGGGCAUCACCCCCUCCCAGAUGGUGGCCAACGCCUUCUGCUCCGCCACGCAGGCCCCCGCCACGACCUUGGGGGCCAAGGCCAGCCCCUUCCCACAGAGCCUCCUGGGGCCGGUGCGGCCCAAGCCCAAUGGGACAACGUGGCCCCCGGAGCCGAGCCAGCCGGCAGGGCCCGCCCCACGGCAGGAGCCCCCGGAUCCCUUCGAAGCACAGUGGGCAGCCCUGGAGGGCAAGGCCCCCGCCGCCCCCAACCCCUUCUCUGGCGACCAGCAGAAGACCUUUGAGAUCGAACUGUGACCCCCCACACCCCACCCCCAUAGUGGCUGGACAAGGUAGACCCUUCCCACUCGCCCCUCCACCGCCCUGCUCUCGCCGGCCGACCCGGUCACCCACA